GAGCCGUAGAUUUACGGUAAAGCAAGACGUGUAUCUUGUUUUCGUAGAACAGGAAGAACAUUUAUCUGUGAAUACGAACCAGCAACAUGUACAGCCGAUGCUAAGCUUUUGACCUAUUAGAAUAAACUAUAACCUAUUUCUUUAAAAUCGGUUACUAAUGUAUUCGAGGAAGGAUGUCGUCCGAGUUAAUGUUAGACUUCGAGACUCAAGAACAAGAAAUGAUGAACAGUGAAACUGGCACCAUGUCCAUCGACCAGGAUGGCGAGUGGGACAUCAGCCUGUUUGACGAGCUGGACAACCUUGGAGAUGCAGACGAACUUCUUCAGGCCUUGGAGUGCGUGGGAUAUGCCGGCGAUGCCCCUGACCUCGACUUUGACAUGGACCUGCCUCCCUGGAGCACUGACACAGAUGGGGAUCUGAGUGUGGACUCUCUCUCUCCUGCCCAUACCAUGAGCUCUGUCACCUCGCCUGCAUCCCGAGAGGCCCUGUCACCUUACUCCAUACAAGAUGAUCUAGCCCUAUCUCCUCAGCCCUCUCCUGCCGUCUCUGUCUGCUCCGAGUCCAGCGGCUUCUCAGAGCCCCCCCUGGCCAAGAGGGCCCCCAAGAGGACCAGUCAGGCCACGCGAGUCAAGCCAGCCCAGGCAGUGAAGAGGCCUAUCCAGCUCACCCCCAAGGUGUCCAUCCAGCCCAGACCAGUUGUAACAGCUGUACCCCAGCACGCCGCGGGCCCUCUCCAGACCAUUAUCAUCCAGCCCCUGCAGACCACCCUGGUGCCUCACCCUGCUGUGGUCAAACCUGCCCCUGUCAGCAUACAGCCAGCGCCACCUAUAGGUGGUCCGUUGGUGCUGUGCCAGCCGGCCCAGGUGCUGCAGAUCCACACGCCACAGGCAGUCACCGGGCACCUGGUUACCAUGCCAACACUGACCCAAGAGAGGCCCGCCCCCAUUGCAGUCACACUCCACAGCCCUGGCUCUGACGAAGAUUCGAAGGUGUCCCAGCGGCAGCAGAGGAUGAUAAAGAACAGGGAGUCAGCGUUUCAGUCCCGUAAGAAGAAGAAGGAGUACCUGCUGACGCUGGAGGUCCGUCUCAAGAUGGCGCUGUCUGAGAACCAGCUGCUCAAGGACGAGAACGGCACCCUGAAGAGACAGCUGGAGGGACUACUGUCAGAGAACACGGUUCUGAAGACCAGUGCUCCUAAGAGGCGGGCCAUUUGUCUCAUGGUUGUGCUGGUGUUCCUCAUGCUCAAUGUUGGACCAAUGAGUUUGUUUGAAGGUGGCCGUGGCUCUAAACUCCAGGCUGGCUCUAUGCACAGCGGCAGACAUCUGCUGGACUUCUCCCAAGAGACAGAGACCCCGGUGGGCCCCGAAUCCCUCCAGACCACCCCUCCGACCCACAGUUCGGAGGAUAAGGCUCUGAUGGUGGUGAAGAAGGAUCCUCUGUUCUUCGGACCUCCUCCUCCCUGUCUGCCGCCUGUCAACAGGACCAAAUGCCUCAGGUUGAACCAUGAGCUGCGAGGCUGGGUCCAUCGACACGAGGUGGAGCGGACCAAGACCAGACGCAUGAGCAACAGCCAACACCGAGCCAACAGGACUAUCCCUAAAGAGGAUAAGAAGGCUGAGGUGUCCCAGGUCCUAACAGUCCAGUACACUGACUCCACAGAGAAGAGCCCAGGUAAUGAGCUGCAGGUGUACUACGCUCCUCACCGCACCUACAACGACUUCUUUGACGAGAUUCAUCGCCGUGGAGACACCUUCUACGUGGUGUCUUUCCGCAGGGAUCACCUUUUACUUCCCGCUACCAGCCACAACAAAGGAAGUAGGCCCAAGAUGUCCGUGGUGUUGCCAGCCAUGAACCUUAAUGACCGUGUGAUCAAGGACAAGGAGUUUGAGGUGAUGAUGCAGAUUGACUGUGAGGUCACAGACACCAGGAUCAUUCACAUCAAGUCCUCCAGUAUCCCACCAUUCCUGCGUGUCAACCGCACCGGCACCCUGUACCCGCCUUCACCUGCGGACAGCGAGGCCACGCCUCCUGUCCAGGUGCUCAUGGGUUCCGCGUAACCUCUGUCAACCAAUCGAAUGGACUCACAAACCCGUUAACUUCCACCAACCAAUUGAAAAGAUGGAACAGCAACAAAGGUCUGUUCUGCUCCACCAGUUUAACAGGUGGAAUAAUAACAGUCUGUUCUGCUCCACCAGUUUAACAGAUGGAAUAACAGUCUGUUCCACCAGUUUAACAGGUGGAAUAACAACAGUCUGUUCUGCUCCACCAGUUUAACAGAUGGAAUAACAGUCUGUUCUGCUCCACUAGUUUAACAGAUGGAAUAACAGUCUGUUCUGCUCCACUAGUUUAACAGAUGGAAUAACAGUCUGUUCUGCUCCACCAGUUUAACAGAUGGAAUAACAGUCUGUUCUGCUCCACCAGUUUAACAGGUGGAAUAACAACAGUCUGUUCUGUUCCACCAGUUUAACAGGUGGAAUAACAACAGUCUGUUCUGCUCCACCAGUUUAACAGAUGGAAUAACAGUCUGUUCUGCUCCACCAGUUUAACAGAUGGAAUAACAGUCUGUUCUGUUCCACCAGUUUAACAGAUGGAAUAACAGUCUGUUCUGCUCCACCAGUUUAACAGGUGGAAUAACAGUCUGUUCUGCUCCACUAGUUUAACAGAUGGAAUAACAGUCUGUUCUGCUCCACUAGUUUAACAGAUGGAAUAACAGUCUGUUCUGCUCCACUAGUUUAACAGAUGGAAUAACAACAGUCUGUUCUGCUCCACCAGUUUAACAGAUGGAAUAACAGUCUGUUCUGCUCCACCAGUUUAACAGGUGGAAUAACAGUCUGUUCUGCUCCACCAGUUUAACAGAUGGAAUAACAGUCUGUUCUGCUCCACCAGUUUAACAGAUGGAAUAACAGUCUGUUCUGCUCCACCAGUUUAACAGGUGGAAUAACAGUCUGUUCUGCUCCACCAGUUUAACAGAUGGAAUAACAGUCUGUUCUGCUCCACCAGUUUAACAGAUGGAAUAACAGUCUGUUCUGCUCCACCAGUUUAACAGGUGGAAUAACAGUCUGUUCUGCUCCACCAGUUUAACAGAUGGAAUAACAGUCUGUUCUGUUCCACCAGUUUAACAGAUGGAAUAACAGUCUGUUCUGCUCCACCAGUUUAACAGAUGGAAUAACAACAGGUCACAUGUUUCUAUUUACCUUGCAUUCUUUUUUUUAAUUUUCUACAGAUCAGAGAGAAUUUUUAAACGAUUAUAUACUCAAAUGUAUUUGACUGAACUUUAGUAUCAGGUUUUCUCCCUUAUCCUUGAUUUGGAUUAUGCAAUACUAAGCUAGCUCAAAUGGUCAGGGUCAGUUAGCCAUUCUGUUUUCAGUCUGGACUGACCAGAGCCAGGCUCUGUGUGUGUCUGGACUGACCACAGCCAGGCUCUGUGUGUGUCUGGACUGACCACAGCCAGGCUCUGUGUGUGUCUGGACUGACCACAGCCAGGCUCUGUGUGUGUCUGGACUGAUUGACUGUGGCCCUACACUCCUCUUACCAGGGUAAUUGCUGAGCAACAGCAGGGGGCCGAGCAUUGAACCCUGAGUCACCCCAACAUAACACAAAUACUUUCACCCCAAGGCUGCCAUGUUGUUCUCUCCCUUUCUUUCUUUCUCUCUCUUUCUCUUCUUCAGUCUCCAUCCCUCACAUCUCUUUUGUUUUAUUGAGGUUUUAUAUAGAAGUAUUUCAUGCUGAUUCAAGUUAUUAUCACCCUCGUCUGAUACCAUUGAAAUGAUUACAGCAAUAGUGGCAUACACUCAGGAAGUAAUGUCAACGUGUUAAAGCUAAAGCUGUCCAACCACUAGAAAGAUGAAAUAUCUUGGUCACCGUUGUUUCUCUGUUUUACGUUUUGUUUUCAAUAUAGUGCAGCUACGAUGAAAAAUUCCUAUUGGAUGUGUUUUUUGUUUUUUUUUACUUCUGUUUGCACUGUGCGAAAAACUUUGGGGAAUGUUAUCCUCUACAGAAAAUGUUAUUUGUUGAAGUGCUAUCCUCUGUUUUUGAAUAGAUGCCACAUCUGUAAUGAAAUGUUGUCAUACCUAAUGAAAGUAUAUAAUAUACAUACAGUAUAUUUCAUUGAUGUGAUAGUUAUUAUUCCCCAAAUAUAUGUUCUAUUUGGGGAUAAAUCAUAUUGUAUAGUGUGACUAUGUCAUUGUAGACGUUUAGUUAGAAGUUUCAUUUGGAGAGAGUGGAUAGUAGUGUGGGUAGUGGAUAGUAGUGUGGGUAGUGGAGAGAGUGGAUAGUAGUGUGGGUAGUGGAGAGAGUGGAUAGUAGUGUGGGUAGUGGAGAGGGUGGAUUGUAGUGUGGGUAGUGGAGAGAGUGGAUUGUAGUGUGGGUAGUGGAGAGGGUGGAUUGUAGUGUGGGUAGUGGAGAGAGUGGAUUGUAGUGUGGGUAGUGGAGAGAGUGGAUAGUAGUGUUGGUAGUGGAGAGAGUGGAUUGUAGUGUGGGUAGUGGAGAGGGUGGAUAGUAGUGUGGGUAGUGGAGAGAGUGGAUUGUAGUGUGGGUAGUGGAGAGAGUGGAUAGUAGUGUGAGUGGAUUGUAGUGUGGGUAGUGGAGAGAGUGGAUAGUAGUGUGGGUAGUGGAGAGAGUGGAUUGUAGUGUGGGUAGUGGAGAGAGUGGAUAGUAGUGUGGGUAGUGGAGAGAGUGGAUAGUAGUGUGGGUAGUGGAGAGAGUGGAUAGUAGUGUGGGUAGUGGAGAGAGUGGAUUGUAGUGUGGGUAGUGGAGAGAGUGGAUUGUAGUGUGGGUAGUGGAGAGAGUGGAUAGUAGUGUGAGUGGAUUGUAGUGUGGGUAGUGGAGAGAGUGGAUAGUAGUGUGGGUAGUGGAGAGAGUGGAUUGUAGUGUGGGUAGUGGAGAGAGUGGAUAGUAGUGUGGGUAGUGGAGAGAGUGGAUAGUAGUGUGGGUAGUGGAGAGAGUGGAUAGUAGUGUUGGUAGUGGAGAGAGUGGAUAGUAGUGUGGGUAAGUGGAGAGAGUGGAUUGUAGUGUGGGUAGUAUGGUGUUGGCUAUUUGAAGGUCAUUGUUUUUUAUUUUAUAUAAGCCCCAGGACUUUUAAUUUCCAUGGACAAAUAGAAAACAUACUUACACAUUGAUGAAUGGACUGUUAGCAGCUGAAAUAUCAGAAAAGAGAUGAGAAAUUAUCUCUAUGAAAUAUCAAUGUGUCACAGUCUUAACGCUCGUCUUUGAAAAAUCCAACCGUUUUUAAAAAAAAGUCAUUUAGAUUCAACCGUUUGGCAAGGAGCAGCAGCGUUUGGAAGACCUAAUCCUAGUGAGUAAAGAGGAGUUCAUGUUGACCCAUGUCAGUUGUCAUAGUGACCCGAGAUGUUAACCCUAACCCGUCUGUCCACUUGGCCUGAUUGCACUUUUAUUGAAGUGCACUUUAACAAAAAUAAACCUUUUCUGUUGGCAGAGGAUCCCAAUGCUCAGAAUAUGGAUGCACGUAUGACUAAGUCGUUUGGAUAAAAGCGUCAGCCAAAUGGUAUAUAUUAUGUGUAUUAUAAUAUUUAGCUUACGGAAAAGAGCGUUUAUAAAAAUAAAAAUAAAAAAAUAUAAAGAAUUAGUUGCCACGGGAACGCUUUGUGAAAUGAUAGGGCAUAAUACUUUUUGUUUUAAACAUUAAAUAGUUUUGCACCAUUGCUAGGCAACCUGCUUGUCUCAAAAGUCUAGAUCUUGAUUCACUCACUUGAUUAACUCACUUCCCAACUGCAUUUGCUAAUGUUAAAAUAGUUUUGAUUUGUAAUACUAUUGUGACUCAGUUUGGUGUAUCCACGCGCGCUGUUCUCUGGCUGGGAGUCCUGAUUUAUAAUAUCCUUUGUACGAUUGCUGGUUCGUUUCAGAAAGCAACAGGAUGAUUUUUCUCCCCCAAAUAUUGUCGUUUAUAAGCAUUGUGUUUGAACGAGUGUUCUGACUAGCGCAACAGCGAUUCAACCUUUAAAUGUGACCCUCUAUCCACUCAUGUCUGUGUUUGUGACCCCAGCAGUUAUAUUGUGCAUUUAUUUGCUUAAAAAACACGUUUUAUUCAGAGUAAUGUCAUUUUGGCUAUGUACCCAUGAUUAUUCAGGGAGCUGAGAGGAAAAUUAUGACAGUUUCCACCUGAUGAAGAUUUUUGUAUAAUAUUGCUAAAUGCAAGUAAAUAAAACACUGGAUGAAACUUUG